AUGUUUGCAAAAAACCUGCCAGAUGAGCCGCACCAACAGCAGCAGACGCCUGAUGCGUCGCAGCGCGCGUUUGAGGCGGCGAUGGGCCGGCCCAUCAACCCAGCGGCGCCUGUCGUGGACAACCGCUGCUACGUCUACAAGGCGGUGCAGCCACAGGAGUGCCGAGACGCUGAGUCCCUGAUCUCCCGCGCGGCGCCCUCCGACGCGCUGCGCGUGCGCGCGUUGUGGGACGCGCUCCUCGUCGCGCGCCGCGACUGCGAGGCCAUGGCCGCGCGCGGCGUGCGGGUGGCGCGUGACAUCAGCCGGGACUGGCAGGAGACCGUAUCUGACCUGAUUGACCGCGUCGUGGCGCAGGACAACGAGCUCGCGGCCCUCAGGCCGCAGCUGAGGCAGACCCAGGCGGCCCUGUCCGCGGCGCAGGCGGCUGCCGCCGCGGCGGGCCCCCUGGAGGAACUCAACGCGCAGGUCGCGCGGCUCAGGCGCCACAGGGACCGGCUGGCGCGCGACAACGCUGACCUGGCGGCCGCGCUCGGCAAGACGCAGGCCGCGGCGGCCGCCGCCGCGGCCGAGGCGGCGGCGGCGGGCGGGGAGGCCGCGGCGGCGCGCGGCAGGGCGCAGGCGCUGUGGCGGCAGCACGCGGAGCUGCUGCAGCAUCACAUUGGGGCCGCUGCCUACGCAGAACAGCUGGACAAGCUUGGCCACGCCUUCAGCUUUAAUGGCCGCGACCGCGGCGCGGUAGCUGCCCCCGACGCGGCGGGGGGCGGCCGGCAGAGCCCCGUGCAGCCACAGCAGGGCUUCGGGCGCGGGGGAGAUCGCUCGAUGGACCAGUUUGACAGGGGAGGCGACACGUUUGAGGAGUGCGACAGCGUGAGCGACGAUCAGGAGCCGCUGCAGCCGCCGCCGCUGCUGUCGAUGCCGCCGCUGCCGGCGCUCCCAGGCCUGCAAGGCGCUCAUCCCGUGAAGCAGGCGGUUGGGGCGCAGCAGAUCAGCGCGGCUUCGCAGGGGCUGUUUGACUGGCGGGCGGAUGUGGAGGCGUGCAGGCAGCAGCUGGACGCACUCCAAACGCUCUUUGGCGAUAUCUGA